AACUUUCGUUAUCAGUUCCGAGAAAUAAAAACUGCAUAAAUCAACGACAAGGCCAAAAGGGGCAACAACAAUAACUGAAUAUCAGCAAUUAAUUUUAUUCAAACAUUUGCAACGAAAGGAAACGCAAAAAUGGAUUACGGCUGGCUGCUGUUUCUGCUCAACGCGCUUUUAAUUGAUCACACAUUCGUUUCGGCGCUCUUCGUCACGGACAUAAGCGUGCCCGAAAUCGUGGACUUUCGUGACAAUGUGACGCUCUCCUGCAGCUAUGACAUGCGCGGACACACCCUAAACUCGGUCAAAUGGUACAAGGAUCACGAGGAGUUCUUUAGAUACUCUCCUUUGGCGAGUCCCAUUUACAUGACUUUUGGUGUGCCUGGACUGCAAGUGCUCGAUGGCAAGUACUUGUGCAACGAGUCCAGCUGCCGCUUGGACCUGAGUCUGCAGGGUGCACGAUCCACGGGGCUGUACAAGUGCGAGGUCAGCGGCGAUGCACCGCACUUUAAGCUGGCGGACAAGGCCGACAACAUGACGGUGGCAGCACUGCCCCAGAGCGAUCCGCUAAUCGAGAGCUUCAAUUCGAUGUACCGCAUGGAGGAGUUCCUAAGUGCCACAUGCUCCUCGGACUACUCCAGUUUGCCCACGCGGCUAACGUGGUACAUCAAUGGCGAGCAGCCCCUUCUCGGCGAACUGCAGCCCACCAUUGACACCAGCAUUCCAGCCCAUGACUAUGUGCUGCGUCGCCAGCGGCUGCAGGUGCACUUUUAUCUGCAGGGCCAACGUUUCUAUCAGUCGGGUAAAAUUCUCGAGCUCAAGUGCGUGGCGGAAAUUGAGAAUUAUCCGGAGCUGAGGCGGGAAACAUCGCUCAGCGCUUCACUCUCGCAAUUCGAUAAUUUGAACAAUCAAAUGCUGAUACAUGCGGGCACAAAUUCUGGCGGCGCACAAAGGAGCUGCACGACAUCGCUAAUUUCCGGCUGCCUGGUGACACUUUUUCUCGCACUCGCACUGUGUUAUCGACGCCCCUCAUGAACGGGCUGCGGAGUGUUCGGGAACUGCGCAUUGCUCAGGGGCUGCGAGUCGCAGGGGGAGGCAACUAUAUCAUCACGUUAGUUAGUUAGUCAGACAGUCAGCUAGUCACCUAGUUAGUUAGUUAGUUAGUUAGUUAGGCUAAAACACACACAAAGGUAAGACCGUAACAAAGAACUAGUCAAUAGGCCAAAGCUUUUGGGGUGUUGUGUAAAUACGUUUGAAAACAAAUUGUGCCAACAAAAAAUGCACACAAAUUGCAGAAAGAAACUUCAUU